ACUGCUAGCUGGAAAAACACAGCGGCGUUGAAUGAAAGAAAUCUAUUCUAAAUUCUAAUCUAAAGUCUUGAUCUAGAUUAGAUCUAGAUCUAGAUCUAGAUCAAGAUCUAAAUCUAGAAUCUAGAUUCUAGAUUUUGAUUUCUAUCUUCAGGUCUCAGAGUUCCUCUUCUGUUUGAGAGUCGCCAGAUCUUUGUUGGAGUGUGCUGUUUCAUGUUUCCAGGGGUUAUUUACAUGGGGUUAUUUUCACACUUUUUCAAUUUCAAACUGAAAAGUCAAUUUUACUGAACACCUACGUGCGUUCCGCAAAGAAAAGUUGGACAGCCGGUGCACGCUGGCGUGCGUUCCGCAACGAAUGGCUUCACAACUGAAUGCUAUUUGUCACGAACUGACAGAUAUGGAUCUGGAAAACAUUAUGAGCUUAGAAGAUGAUGAUGACGAUGACAUUGAGGAGUUUACUGAAGAGGAAAAAGCUAAUGAUCCGUCCAAACGCAUUUUGUGGGGGGCAGAGAACAAUCUGUUGGACAUAGUUCAGGAUGUGCUGAGCUCCGAUCCCUCCCUAGUUUCUUCCUGUGAUGCCGACCUGUACACACCUUUACACAGAGCUUCCUACAACAAUCACCCAGAGAUGGCGAAGCUGCUCAUUGGCCACGGGGCAGACAUAUCAGCGCGGACGGCUGACGGCUGGCAACCAUUACACAGCGCUGCUCGCUGGAACUCUUUUCACACCGCUCAGGUCCUUCUGGGCAGUGGGGCCGACAUCAACGCACAGACGCACGGCGGCCUCACACCGCUCCACGUGGCCGCCUCCGAGCCUCAGAACGGGGAGAUGUUGGAGCUGUUGCUGAGAUCUCCCUUUGUGGAUGUGUCGAUCGUGUCUCGCGCCGGCGAGACGGCCCGGCAGCUGUGCGAGAGACACAGCCCGCACUAUAAACUCUUCGAUAUGCUGGACGAUUCUGUGUGUAGGCUGAAGCCAGCUCACUCAUGAUUCUGUAUGCCUUUCCUGUUCUACCGGCCCAUUGCCAUCUGUGGAAAAGUGCAGUGCCAGUUUUCAGCCUGGAGAGAGUUAAGCCCCCUCCCUCCCCCGCCAGGGCGGUGCCACUGACUGAAGUUGUCUUUAGGCCGUUCCCAAAGGGAGUAUAUUA